UAUUUGCAUAACAAUUUUAUUCGUUUAAAUGCUUCUCUAUUGUAUUUUUUAUGCAAAAUCAACAAAAAACAAAAAUUACCAAUUUUUUGGAAGUACAAAGGUGUUUGGAUCAUGUAAACUAUGAAAAUUUGUGAUGAAACAUGAAAACCCAUAGAAAUUUGACGCGUAUAUCAAAUGUGCCACGAAAGCAGUUUCUGCUUUUAACCAAUGACAACAACCUAACCCUAUCUUCAAGUUUUCAUUGGCGGAAUGUUUCUGAUUUCCAGCUGUUGAAUUAUAUUUCUCCAAAAAUCGAUGAACUUCAUAAUUGUUUGUGUUUUUCUUUUUACUACUUAUUCAACAAUUGCACAAAAAAUUGAUCCAAAGGAACUACGGUGUCUAGUGUGUAGAAAAACAGUGGAUGAAUUGCAAAAUAAAUUGGAUACUAUUGAUUCGUCAAAAACAGUCGAAGUGGGACAAUAUCGUUUAGAUGCCGAUGGAAAUACUUUACACAAGAAAAUUCCACUAGCAAAAUCAGAGGUUUACAUCUCUGAGACUUUGGAUGAAAUAUGUGGAGCUUUUGACAAUUACGCACGGGCCAAGUAUAAAAAUUCUGGAAAUUUGGUACUGGUGGAUCUUCAGAAUCCUUUUAACAAAAAAAGUCCUGGAAUGGAUAAAGUUGAUUUUAUUCAAGACGGAGAUUUGAAUAAGAGUCUAAAAUAUAUAUGUGAAGAUAUUGUGAACGAUUUUGAAGACACGUUCGUUGAAGUAUUUCAAAAGGAUUCAUCAAAUGCACACGAUGAUAUUUGUACAAAUGUCGCUCAAUAUUGUGAAGAAGGUGUAGAUUAUAGUUUAGAAGAUACUAUCGAGAAUAUUAAUACCGAUAGUUCUGAUGAAACUGAUAAAACUGAAUUAUAAUGAUCGUAUUAUAGAUAUUAUAGUGAAAUUUCCUAUUAAUUGCACAAAUUUUACGAAAAACUCAAAUAUAAGUACAAUCAGAAGAAUAAGUGUUUAAUAUUUAUUUAUUUUUCACUGACAGUACAUUUAUAUGUUGAAAUUUAAUUUUAAUAAUACGCUCUUAUAAAUGAAUAUUACAACACGAGAACUGUCACAACAUAAUAUAUUCAUUGUUCGUCGUUUAUAAUACUAGUCUACAAUUUAAUAAUAGUUUUAUACCGAAUUGUUAAAUAAUUUUUUUGAUAACAAAUAAUUUUAAUUGACGAAAAUUUUAAAGAUGUAUUACAAAGUAAUAAAUUAUAAUUCAAAAUGUU